AAACUCCGCACCCCCUCACUCACAAAGCCACGCCUCGGCCUCGCCCGCCCCGCCGCUCCGACCAGAGCACCGCGUCGGGCUCCAGCGCCAUGGCGAUGCGGCUCUUCUCGUCCUCGCCGCCUCCCCCGCCCCUCCAGGGCCCUGCCACCACCAAGGCCUCAUCCGCCGCCGCGCUCUUCUCCCUCCGCCUUCGCCGCGGGAGGCCUGUUGCGGCCGCUGCCACGGCAGGGGGAGGGCCCGAGCGGGACGGGGAGGGCCCCUUCGACAGGAGAAUGGAGGAGAUCGCGAAGAAGGUCCCGCUCUUCGAGCCGGCCAUGGGCGAGCCCGCCGCCACGGCUGGGCGCCCGCUGCCCAUCAACCUCGAGCUCUGGCUCCACCGCGCCAAGGUGCACACCAGGAAGUACGAGUUCGCGGAGGCCGAGAAGCUCCUCAACAAGUGUAUGUUGUACUGGCCUGAAGACGGGCGCCCAUACGUCGCGCUUGGGAAGCUAUAUAGCAAACAGUCAAGGUUUGACAAAGCUAGAGUGGCUUAUGAAAGGGGCUGCCAAGCCACACAGGGAGAAAAUCCAUACAUAUGGCAGUGCUGGGCAGUGCUAGAAAGCAAGGGUGGGAGUAUUCGAAGAGCACGAGAGCUAUUUGAUGCGGCUACUGUGGCUGAUGCAAAGCACAUCGCAGCUUGGCAUGGGUGGGCAAUUUUAGAAAUCAAGCAAGGAAACAUUAAAAAGGCUCGGAACCUACUUGCAAAAGGUCUGAAAUAUUGUGGAGGAAAUGAGUACAUUUACCAGACUCUUGCUUUGCUUGAAGCUAGAGCAGAGCGCUUUGAACAAGCACGGACUUUAUUCCAGCAAGCUACUCAAUGCAAUCCAAAAAGUUGUGCAAGUUGGCUAUCUUGGGCUCAGGUAGAAAUGCGUGCAGAAAACAAUGCCAUUGCGAGGAAGCUAUUUGAGAAAGCUGUCCAGGCUAGUCCCAAGAACAGAUUUUCGUGGCAUGUCUGGGCACUCUUUGAGGCCAAUCAAGGUAACACUGACAAAGCAAGGAAGUUACUUAAGAUUGGCCAUGCUGUGAACCCUAGGGACCCUGUAAUUCUACAGUCGCUUGCACUGCUGGAAUACAAUUGUGCAUCUCCAAAUGUUGCCCGUGUAUUAUUUAGAAAGGCAUCUCAGAUUGAUCCAAGGCACCAACCAGUUUGGAUAGGAUCAGUCAACCAGAUAUAUAUGGUCACAGGAAUAUCUGCUUGGGGUUGGAUGGAGUGGAAAGAAGGAAAUGAGAGAACUGCAAGGUCACUCUAUCAAAGAGCCUUGUCAGUUAAUUCAACAAAUGAAUGUGCUGCUCGUUGUCUUCAGGCUUGGGGAGUCCUAGAACAGCGUGUGGGUAACUACACCGCUGCCAGAAGAUUGUUGAGGUCUUCGCUGAACAUCAAUUCUCAGAGUGAGGUGACAUGGCUGACAUGGGCGGCGCUAGAGGAGGAACAGGGGGAUCCAGUUCGAGCUGAAGAAAUACGGGACCUUUAUUUUCAGCAGCGUAUCGAGGUCGUGGAUGAUGCCUCCUGGGUCAUGGGCUUCCUCGACAUCAUCGAUCCUGCUCUAGACAGCGUGAAGAAGCUCCUAAACAUGGACCGACCGUCCGGUCAAGUGACGCAGCAAGGCAGUACCACCAUGAGCACUUCUGCAGGUGUAGAGCCCUCCGCGAGUACCACAGCUGAAGGUUCAAGUACUUCUGACCUCGACGGCGUCACGGCUGAAGGUUCAAGCACUCCCAACCUCGACAGCAUCGUGGACCGCCGUGCUGCAUACACUCGGGAGGCAGAGAGUGAUUUUGACGUGGAUGGCUUCAUCAGGAGGAGGCUGGCCCUGGACCCGGCGGAGCUAGACGCUGUGCUAGAGGGCUCUGAUCCCAAGGGAGUUAUUUCUCAGAGGAGGAAGCGGCGGCUGACCAGGAAACCUCUCCCUCUUCUCCCCGUGCCGUAGUUCCUCCUUCCGUUCAGCAUUAGCAGCAGUUGUUGCCGUGUCCACCGUGCACAGCCAUCGAGUGAUCACUGACAGGUACCGUGGCCUGAGAGAUAGUAGUAAGUAGCACGUGCAUUUUUGUGCAUAUCUGUAAUAAGAACCCCGAUGCUGACAUUAGCAGUCACUUGCCCAUUGUGUAUGUAGUUCUGUCAGAGGCUGCUCGAGAAGCAGUGUAGCUGUGUAUAGAAGCCCAUCAGUCAGUGUGGUUACAGCAUUUGUUCUCUGCAA